AUGGCUUCUGAAAAUUCUAUAAGCAAUGUUUCUUCUCGAGAAAAAUCUAUAAUUUUAAAUGUUGGUGGUAUAAAGUACGAAACAUAUAGAUCAACGUUAAUCUCUUAUCCUGACACAUUGCUCGGCACAAUGUUUGCUAAUCGAAAUGUCGAACUACUUAAUCCGAUCAACGAGAAAGAAUAUUUUAUUGACCGCGAUGGAAAUUUAUUUCGUUAUAUAAUUCAAUAUUAUCGUACCGGAAAAUUAUAUUGGCCACUCAACAAUAAUAGUUCACAAUAUUUUCUUGAAUCAGAGCCACAAAUAACCACACCAAUAUCUAUUCAAGAACUAGAAGAUGAAUUAGAUUUUUAUCAAAUUCCUUUUAAAACCCAAGAACCUCCGUUAAAUAUAAUAGCAGAAAGAUUAGAUGAAUUUGUGACAGCAUUAAUGAAAGUUGUUAGAGAAGUUACGGCAACAUACGAAACUGAACCAUAUGUUAAAGAAUCAGCUAUAAUAGAAACCAUUGAUAAAAUUAUUAAACCUUUUGGAUCUGUUGGGUACAAAUUUUUGCAUAAAUACGGAAUGAAUAUUGGUCGACAUUUAACGAAAAGGAUUAGUAAUUUAUCUUGGCAAUCUGGAUAUUCACAAAAUCGUGAACAACUCAAAAUUUAUAUGUCUAUAACUAUUGCUUUAGAAGAUAAAGAUAUUCUUGAAGCUUCCUGUUUAUAUGUAGAUUAA